AUGGGUUCUCUAUUGCUCCCCGUAAAAGUGGAAUGCUUCGUUUUCAAUGAGUCCGUAUGUAGCGGCACAGAUGAUGAGGCAAAGAUCGCGCCGUUGGCCCAGCCAGACUAUGCACUUCUGCAAUACGACAAUCGCUUCCUCUCCAACGACGUGCUGCGCCACGUUGAUUUACAUGCCGCCUCGCCGGCAUCGACAAAUAUGCGCUUCACUGACCUCGGUACCAACCAGCCUCGCUCGAGGCGUCAGGGCGUCUACGUUCACUGGACGCUCCCACGGCCGUAUCGCACCGCGGCCACCAAAACGGAGGCCAAGACCCCGGCCGGUUUGCCUCCAGACACUGCUAUCCCCGGAGAUGAAAGAUACGGCGAGUCGAAGCCAAGCGAUGGUCACGAUCCCACUGUGCCAAGCUACCAUGACGUUCCUCCGCGCUGGCUUGUGGUUCGCCACAUCGACGAGAAUUCGAUCCGGCCCGAGAAUGCCAAGGACUUUGUGCCAAAGUUUCGUGCCUGGGUGGUUGAGAGCGACGUUUGUAGAUCCAUCGACGACCUGGACGAAAGUGUAGACUUGCAGACAGACGUUUCGCCUUACAUAGCGCCAGAGUCUGGGCUCGGUGGCAGCGUCGAAGUCGACAUGCAGGCACAGUCAGAGGUCUUUAUCGGACAACGUUUUCCUGCCGAGACGUGGUCUGAAAAGGCAGGCACCAAACGAGUCCGUCUAAACUUGUUCAAUAGCUCCAAUCAACUCUUCGCCGACUACCAGCCGCACAACGGGAAUGUUUUCAGCAUGCUCGACCGAUUCGAGUACCUGGAUUCUGCGGGCAAAGAGCAAUGUCUCGAAGCAGCCAAAGCUUCUUACUAUGUCAUCGGGUGGCAACCAGACGUUGAACGAGACCUCUUUGUCCCCCCAGCAGGGCAAAAAUCAGAUGUUCCAUUAGCUCGCCCUUUGCAGCUCCGGUCGUUGAACAUGGUCCUCGAGGCCGACGAUCAAGACUUGACGAAUGAAUGGAGCAAAGAUAACAGCGCCGCUAGCACUCUCUGCCAUGGUGCCAUGUACGAGGUCGAGUGGAACGCGCUGAAAAAGCCCGGCAAGGUGCCUGCGGAUCAGGCAUGUUCUCACCUUAUGAAAGCUUCUCCCAUCGCCGUGGGUACUACUCCGAUGGACGCCAUCAUGGCCUAUGUCUCUGGCCAUAGCGAGUCGUCUGUGGGCGAUGUGCACAAGCUUGAGAUGGACCUCCUCAAGCUGCAGACUCUCCUGCUGGAUCGUGAUGAAGGAGUCGAGCCGCAACGCCGGGCUGCAAACGUGUUGAGUAAUUUCAACUUUCAGCGCCAAGAUGGCGGCCAGAAGUAUUUCCUCUCGAACCCACAGGAUGGUGACAAGACGGCCAAGCCCGAAGGCACGUACGAGCCUACAGAUACCGAAUUGGCCAACUUGUCGCUCAUGAAUGAGAAGCAGCGUCAGAUCGACACCCUAUCGCGGUCGCUGAAGAAGCGCCAAUGGGAUUUAUUCGCUCUCUGGUGGGAGCUCCUCACGGAUGUCAACGCCGCUGCCACAAGCGGCCAGUACAAAAAGCAGAGGGAAGAAGUCACGAAGCACAUUGGGAAUCUUCACCGAAAGAUCAAGGCGAUCGAGAAUGAGGUCACCAAGGUAGAGCUUGACAGCAAAACAAUUCAGGUCGGCACUUCUGAGCCAUUUCAUCAAGCUGGCGAUCCGACAGUACUUGUUGCAGGUAUUCAGUCAGGUUGGCCUGUCGACUUUCUCGACCCCCUGAAGGUCAGACUUCGCCAUCAAAUUAUUGGGGCCCGCAAGGACGGCAAGCCUGUCGAGCCAAACCUGCCUGAGAAUCUUGGACCUAUAAUCGAGAACCUCGAACGCUCUUGGGGAACCGAAAACCCUUGGGGAACCGACGUAAGACUGCUCUUAUCCGAAUUCAUAGCACUCGAGUCCGAUAGAGACCAGGAGCAUAAGCCUGAGAAACCCGCGCUACUCCCUCUCUAUCAUGACAUGGACCUGCGGCCUAUCUCUCUUGAAGAUGAUAAGUCAAGCAAAACAGGUGACCCAGAGAAACCUGAUGUGCCUCGCUGGCGUGAUAGGUGGCACGGUACGCAGCCUUGGGUGCCACUCUACCUCGAAUGGGAGGUGAACUUUGUGCAUAUUCCGUACGAGCACUGGGAGUUGGAUAACGGCGAUUUGACAGGAACUGAAGCCGAGUAUUCCAAGCUUCGAUAUCGAAUCAAGACCGAAUCACUCCGUGAAGAAGAUGUCAGAGACUCCAGGAAACUGUCCGGCAGAGUGUUAAUGCUACCCCAGCCAACAAUGUCCCUCAAACACAAGGUGGAGCAACUCUUCGCCGACACGCCGGCACCUAUGCUCAAAGACUUGGAGGACGACCUUGAUUUUAUUCUGUCAAAUAUUGAUAAACUAAACCUCUUAUCAGCUCCGCUGGCUGGUUUCACUGACCACCUCAUCACUAGACAAGGAGGGACACAUGUGAAGCCAACUUACCGGCAACCAAACCGCAGCGGAGGCGGCGGCUACCUCCCCCAAGCCAUUCCCGGAGCCAAAAAGGCAGCCAAUCACGGAGAAUUCAGCGAGGCUGACUUGGUACUCAUGGGUUUGGAGACGGAUCUUACUCCGUACGGAACAGGUGUCUCGUUUUCGGCCGAUGGCGAGAACCCUUUCAAGCCCGUUACGCACGGGCAGUUCUGCUUCUCCAAACUCAACAUCAUCGACAAGUUCGGCCAAGCCGUGCACGCCGUAUCCCCCAGCAUCGCCAGCGACAAAACGAUGCCCAAGAUCUAUACCAGCGAGUACCUGCGUGCCCAGCAGCUACUACUACCAUCCACUUCCAAUGCAACCCCUGUGGGUGGACGCGGCGAUUCUUCACUCGUAAGGAGCGAGUUUGCCCAGAUCCCUCCUCAGAUUAACCAACUCGCACGCCUCAACGCCGAGUUUGUAACGCUGCAGCCGGGCCCUGGAGGCCCAAGUUCGAAACCAUACUGGAAGCCUGUUCAGCAGGCAGGCCAGCCCGUUUGGGGUUGGGUCAUGGUCAACUACGCCAACUACGGGCUACAGUUCUUCGCCAGUGACGGGCGGUUUUAUAAAGAGGUCAGAUUCGGUGGCCCAACUGGCAGCAUGACCUCUCCCAAUUGGAUGCCCGACCGGACAGGCCUGGAGCCCGACAAGGAUCCCGCGCUGAAGCAGCUGGAUAACCUCCUCAAAACUCUAAAGGACAAGGACUAUCUCAGGGCAUUCAUCUACAUGAUCAAUGGGGCAAUGAGACACAUGCUUCCCGCUCCGGGAGCAUUUUCUGAGUUCUCUAGUGCCAUCGUCGGUCAACCUCUGGCUCUGGUAAACAUGGGCUGGUCUCUUGAGCUCGCCGUCGAGGCUUAUAGGAGCCAUGCAUCACUUGGGCCUACCGGAAUGCGUAGGACUCUCACACAAGCCGAGAAGGGUAAAAAGCACAAGAAGGACGAUGCCGAUGAUGAUCAUGCGUACGCGUUCCAGGUAAAGUUGGGUGACAAGACAAAGGCCUACGACGGGCUCGUUGGAUAUUGGGACGCAAAGGAAUCACCAGUCGCUGGCGACGGCCUGGAGUUGGGAAACCUAUUCACCUACUACAUAGACGAAGCAGAAGAGGAAGGCCUCAAGAAUGAUCCCAGAACGAAGAUCAACAACGCCAACUUCCCCAAGUUUGAUCCAUACUAUCUUGAUCCCACCGAACUCCAGUCGUUAGAUCACGACGUCCAACACUGCCGGCAAUUACGAGGUUUUGGUGCCAUCAUCGACCCUUUCACAGCCAUCCACGGGUAUAGUAGCAUCCUACCAGUGCGGGAGCUCAAGUUGUCUCCGUGGAUGUGGGAGAAGGCGUUCCGCAACAUGACAGCCUUCUUCCACAUGGGGCCGCUAAUCGUCACAACAGACUUGGUGAUGCCCACCGACGCAGUAGCUCCGGCUGCGGACGUAGAGACUCCAGCCACGCAGAAGCCGUCAAAGGCCAAGCUCCCUACCAACAGUCUAGUACAAUGGGAAUGGUUGCAGCCGUAUAUGGUGGACAAUGAGGCAUUUCCCGAGUCUGUGCAUGUCGCAAGUUUCGAGGUUGCCCCGGUUGACCAGAAACCGCGGCUUGAGCCUAACCCCUACACUGCAAUUGAAGGAUACUUACAUCUGAAGGGGCCCAGUGUAGUAAAGGAAGUUUCCAAAAAGCCUGAACGUGAUAUUUGA